GAGCUUGGAGUCUUCAUCUGAUAUUUAUAUAACCUAAGUUCAGUCUGUGACAAGCGUUCAUGGAAGACGGACGUUAUGUUGGAAAAAAUACUUUUUAUAUUCGCUACAGUAUGCAGUCUAUGCCUGAUACAGGCUAGUGCUGCAUACACGGUCCCACCGGCCAAGCUUGAAGCGAUCUAUCCCAAAGGAUUGCGAGUCACAGUCAAAGACGAUGGCUUCUCACUCAUGGCCUUCCACGGUAACCUCAACCAGGAGAUGGAAGGUCUGGAGGCGGGGCAAUGGGCUCGAGAUAUUACCAAGCCCAAGAACGGGGUAUGGACCUUCAGAGACAAAAACGCACAAUUAAAACUAGGGGACAAAAUAUACUUCUGGACCUAUGUCAUCAAGAAUGGUCUGGGAUAUAGGCAGGACAAUGGAGAAUGGACUGUCACUGAAUUUGUCAACGAAGAUGGAACACCAGUAGACCCAGCCAAUCUUCCAGAACCUGGACCAACACCUGCUCCCGGUCCGGACCCUACCCCCUACAAUCCCCCACCAGUCUGCCAGAAGUCACAGACAGAGGUCCAAGGUCUCAGAUCCGUAUGCCAAGGUGCUCUCAUCUUCACUGAGGACUUCAACAAACCAAAUUUGGAUAAGUUGAACCAAUGGGACGCUGAGGUUAUGCUUCCUCGAGGGCCGGAUUACCCAUUCAACGCGUACGUAAAGGACACAGUAACGUUGGAUAGCGGUGACCUGAAGAUCAAGCCCGUGCUUACCGAGUCGCGGUUUGGUGAUGCUUAUAUAGACGGCGAAUGGGACUUGACCAGUUCGUGCACAGGCCAGGUUGGCACACAGGAGUGCUACUUGCAGUCAUCUGGCGCCAACAUCCUGCCGCCAGUCACCAGUGGCAAAAUCACAACGCGCAAUCGGUUCAACUUCAAGUACGGCAGGAUCGACGUGAGAGCUAAAUUACCGGCUGGGAACUGGCUUAUACCAGAAAUCAACCUCGAACCUCGCGACAGCGUCUACGGCAAACAACGUUAUGAGUCUGGCCUCAUGCGAGUAGCUUUUGUAAGGGGAAAUCCGCCCUUCAGCAAGAGGCUGUAUGGUGGACCAGUCCUCACGGAUGCCGAGCCUUACAGAACCUUCCUCCUGAAAGAACACCUCGGCAUCGAUAACUGGAACAAGGAUUUCCAUAACUACAGUAUGAUUUGGAAACCAAAUGGUAUCCAGCUGUUCGUAGACGGCGUCCACUAUGGGGACGUAAACCCUGGAGAAGGCUUCUACUAUACAGCCAAACAGCACGCCGUACCACACGCUUCCAUGUGGCUGAAGGGAUCCAUUAUGGCGCCACUUGAUCAAAUGUUCUACAUCUCACUCGGCGUGCGCGCAGGUGGCAUCAACGACUUCGCAGACAACCCUGACAAGCCGUGGAGCAAUGGAGCCAGCAAGGCAGUGUACAGGUUCUACCAGCAGCAGGACUCCUGGUUCCGGACCUGGACAUCACCAGAGCUGAUUGUUGACUCCGUUAACGUUUACGCUUUGUGAUUCUUUAAUGUUAGAUGUUUUUUUGGAAAUAAAGACUCUUAG